AUGGCGCCUACCCCUGAAGAGAUCGUCAGAGAAUGUUACGACGACCCCGCCCUGGUAGAGCGCGUCGCGCAUCGGACCACCCCGAGCAAGAUGGAAAUAGUCGAACCUGAUCCCGCCUGGCCGCAGACCUUCGCGGCGCUCAAGGCGCUCAUCGUCGACGCCCUUGGCCCCACCGCCGUUGUCGUCGAGCACACAGGGUCCACGAGCGUCCCCGGCCUGCCAGCCAAGGACAUCAUCGACAUCGACCUCACGGUCCCGGACCCAACCGACGAGGCCGCAUAUGUUGCCCGCCUUGAGGCUGCGGGCUUCCACUUCCUCCUGCGUGAGCCUGCCUGGCACCAGCACCGCUUCUUCUGCCGCUACGAGCCCACCGCUAACCUGCACGUCUUUGGCCCGGAUGCUACCGAGCCGGUCCGCCAUAGAAUCUUUCGCGACUGGCUACGGAGCCAUCCGGAGGACAAGGAGCUGUAUGCCGAGACUAAGAGGGAGGCCAUGAGGGCGUCGAGCCAGUCGGGCGAGGAUAUGAUGCAGUACACCGACAGGAAGGACGCUGUCGUCCGCGGGAUCCUGCAGAAGGCGUUUCGCAGCUUGGGGUACAUUGAUUGA